CAUAAUCAAACCCAAAAAAAUAUCAAGCUGGUCUGAGCGAAAUGGCUCCGGUAGGGCUGCCUCCGGGGUUCAGGUUCCACCCGACGGACGAGGAGCUGGUGAACUAUUAUCUGAAGAGGAAGAUAAACGGGGAGGAGAUAGAGCUCGACAUCAUUCCGGAGGUUGAUCUUUACAAAUGCGAGCCAUGGGAGCUGGCCGACAAGUCUUUCUUGCCCAGCCGGGACCCCGAAUGGUACUUCUUCGGCCCCCGCGACCGUAAGUAUCCCAACGGGUUCAGGACGAACCGGGCCACGCGAGGAGGGUAUUGGAAAUCUACGGGGAAAGACCGGAGGGUUACGAGCCAGAGUCAGAACCGAGCCAUCGGGAUGAAGAAGACGCUCGUUUAUUACAGAGGGAGGGCUCCUCAGGGCAUCCGUACCGAUUGGGUCAUGCACGAGUACCGCCUCGACGACAAGGACGAUCUCGACUCCUCCCCCCUCCAGGAUUCGUAUGCGCUGUGUCGAGUAUUCAAGAAGAACGGAAUAUGCUCGGAGGUGGAAGAUCAACAGCAAAGAGGGGAAUGCAGCAGCUUCACGUUAAUGGAGAAUUCCAACAACGAAUACGAGACAAUGUCCUCAGCUUGUCCCGAAGACGACGACAAAGAUGACUCCUGGAUGCAAUUUAUCACUGACGACGCAUGGGACUCCAACGCUUCAGCCGCCGUCAUGGGUUCCGACCACGGCCAUGGCCAUGGCCAAGGUGUGUAUUAAUUUUAACUUUAUAAUUUGAGGUUGGUGGGCAAAAAACAGCUAAAUAACGUCACUAGAUAUAUGCUAUUUUUAUGGUAUUUUCUUGACAGAAUAAGACAUUUCGUCUUAUGGGCAUUUGCUAAUUAUGGUUAUAUUAUACAUACGGCAACAUGUGUUCUUCUGUGUCGUCGAACAUUUUCUCUCUCCUUUCUUUUGACCCUUCGGCUGAUUGGACGGGGCCUUGGAUUUUUCUUUA